AUGACUAGCGGGUGGCUUCCAAGCGGCACGGGCGGCAAGGACGAGUCUCGCGAAUACCUGGAGAGACUUAUCUACUACAUACUUCAUGGCCGCGUGGUCGCUUCGUGGUUCAACUAUGUCAUUUUAGCCACUAUAGUGGUAUUUUCAGUCAUUCACUGGCGCCAGAAGUUUCGUGAUGCGCAGCGAAGGCGGAUAUUGGCAAAGCCAACAGGAAACGCACCUGGUGUAAAUAUCUGCCGCUCCAGCAAGCAUAGGAAGUUAUUGAGCGACGAUGGCUCCGGAGACGACAUCCCGUCUUCUUCUUCCAGUAGCACUCUAGUCGGAAAGACAGACGAUACCGAUGUCGAACGCCAGCCAUUACUGGGCCACCGAACAGCAACGAACCCGGCAUCAAGAAUUUAUUGGAGCAGGCUGAGCCGGAAACUCCGUGCGUGGCUAAUGUAUCAGCCACGACCGCUACCCAUAGUAAAUCGUCAUCUACCAGCGAACGGAAUAACUCUUUUCGUCCUCGGCUAUAUCAGCGUCAACAUAUUCCUCCAUCUCUAUGACGGCUCGUUGCUGCCCAAAUAUGCAUUUCCAUUUGCGGACAGGGCUGGCUAUAUAUUCAUCGUCAACCUACCACUGCUGUACCUGUUGGCAGCCAAGAAUCAGCCGAUCAAGUUUCUGACGGGCUACUCAUACGAGGCGCUGAACAUUUUCCACCGCCGCGUCGGCGAGUGGAUGUGCUUCGAGGCGGUGGUGCACUCGGUAGGCAUGGUUCUCGACAAUAUUUUCUUCGAGGUUGAGUGGCUCAGAGUCGGCAACUUCUGGGAUUUCUUCUUUCAUCCCUUGGUGCUGCUCGGUAUCGGCGCCUUCGUAUCUUAUGAGCUUCUCUUCUUAACGUCGCUAGGCAGUUUCCGCCAGCGAUGGUAUGAGCUCUUCUUGGCUUCACAUGUGACGCUACAGAUUGCUGCGUUGGUGUUCUGUUACCUGCAUUUCUGGACGGCAAGACCAUAUGUCCUGGCGUCACUGGUGAUAUUCGUCGCGGAUCGGCUGGUGUGGAGGCUUGUGCUCAAGUCCGCCACUAUUCAGGCAGAUUUGCAGAUUCUGGAAGACGGGAAGACGUUUUUGCUGUCGGCAGACUGGAAUGUGCCUCAAGUUCGGAGGCGUUGGUAUCAGCAGUUGUUCGGUCAAAGCAUCGUUCACGGCUGGAGGCCGAUGGACCAUGUAUUCAUCACUGUGCCCAGCCUCGGGCGCACGCACGCACUGCAGGCCCAUCCAUUCACCAUUGCCUCUGCGGCUCCGGGAUCGGGCUCGCAGGAGCAAACGACUCAUGCAUGGCUCAGUCUCUUAAUUCGAGCCCAUGAUGGUUUCACUGGCGACUUAUUACGGCAUGCACGUCUCAACUCGACAGUCACUGUGCGUGUAGAUGGUCCUUAUGGAUCAGCUGAUGCUCUUGAGAUGCUGCUGGCGUCGGACACGGCCGUUUUGGUGGCCGGUGGAUCUGGCAUUGCAGUUGUGUUCCCGAUGGUCUGGGACCUGGUGCAUACACACGGGCACAUAUCCAAAGGCCGCCAUAUCCACCUCCUCUGGGUGAUCCAUUCGCGGUCUCAUCGCAGCUGGAUGCCGCAAGAGAGACUCGACGAGCUGUCUAGCGCUGGCGUGCACGUUACGAUACCCGAGCCAACGGUUGAAGUCGGUCGGCCGGACGUUGGCGGCUACGUUGGAGAGCUCAGCUGCAGCGCGUUGCAGGCCGACACAGAAAUAGGUGUGGUUGUGUCCGGCCCGGAUGCGCUGAACAGAGCAGCGAGAAAUGCAUGCGCAUCUGCUGUGGGGCAGGGUGCGAAGGUCAACUUGCGGGUUGAGAAGUUUGGAUGGUAG